AUGGACGAAGGCGAUGAUUACGUACCGCAAAUGACACAAAUGGCUGAUUAUAGUAUGCCGCCGCAGCAGCAUUAUCCGCCGCCUCCGGGUCACCAUAUGCCGCCGCAAAUGACGUAUGAGCAACAGCAGCAGCAGCAGCAAAUGAUGAUGAUGCAGCAACAGCGACAAAUGGCGAUGGUGCCGCCACCACAAGCCGCUGCGCCACCCGCCAAAAAGCCGCGAUCGAGGAGCAAGAAGGCGCAAGCGGCGGCGGCCGCGGCUGCCGCUGCCGCCGAAGCCGGACAAAUGGAUCCGAUGGCGUCGAUGGCGGCAAUGUCGAAUAAUCCGAUGAUGAGGCAGCAAUAUCAGAAUCAAAUGGGGAUGUACGGUGGACCGCCAGGCGGCGGAGGCGGUGGCCAGUUUCCUGGCCCGAGCGGCGGAAUGCAGCCACCCGGUUACCGACCAGGACCGGGCGCCGCUCAACCCGGACAAUACCCGCCGCAAGGCUAUCCGCCGAUGUACCAUCAGCCGCCACCGCAGCAACCGCAACAGCAGCAGCAACAGCAACAACAGCAACAACAGCAGCAGCGACCUGGCAGCGGCUAUCCGCCGCAAUAUGGUUAUCCGCAAUCGAGCGCUGGCUAUCCGCCGCCGCCGCAAUCGCAGCAAUAUAUGAGACCGCAGUAUGCGCCGCAGGGUCAACAGAUGCAGCAGGGCUACUGGGAUCAGUAUCAUGGCUAUGGUGGCGGUGGGCAACCGCCGCAGCCGACGCCAUCGAUGAUGAUGGAGAAUUUUGGACGGUGUCCACCGCAAGCACCGCCGCCUGUUGGCGCGGAUCCGAUGCAGACGCAACUGUAUAAUAUGGAAAUGGAUUCGUUCAAAAUCAAUCAGCGGUUGUCGUUUUUGUACUCGCAACCGCGAGCGCCUCUCAUUGAGCAAGAAGCGGCUCAAUUGCAGUCUAGGUUCCAAUUUUUGCGGAAAGAAUAUUGCGCGCUACUCGAUCAGCGGCAAUACCAAAUGAAUAUGCAGAGCGCGGCGAUGCCGGUUAGUCAACAAUCGGCGCCGCAUCCGCAGAAUCCGCCAUCGGUCGGACCGCCGUCGAACUCGUCGCAGGUUUUGAUACAACAAUCGCCGUCGACGCAGCAGGCGCCACCGCCGCCUGUUCAAGUGAAUCAGACUGGCAGUCAAGUGCAGUUGAACAUCACCGCUGACAAAUCGCGCACGCUGAUAUCGGUUUAUCACGAGGGCUAUCCGGGAAACGGAGCGACGCCGACGACAACCGCCACCACCACUCAGGCGAACGCCAUCGAUUCGGGUGCGAGCUCGACGGAAUCGAAAGAGUCGGUGGUGCCGCCAGAGCCGACGCCGACUCAACCGCCGUACAAUGGAAUGGAGAAUGGCAAGUAUAUGAUGCAGCAGCAGCAACAGCCGCUGCCACCACCAUCACAACAGCCUCCCAUGCAUUCUCAGUACGGGCAGCAACCCCAGCCGCCGUUCCCUGGCUACAGGUAUCCUGGAAUGGAAAUGCAGCAGCCAACACAAGCGCCACCACCACCACAGCAGCAGCCAGUUACGCAUCAGGACACGAACGGAAGCUAUCCGCCGAUGCGGUAUGGCGCUCCACCAAUGGGAACGCCAUCGACGUCGAGCGCUCAAGGUUAUCCCGCCUAUCCAGCGCAACCGGCGCCAGUCGCGAAACCUGUCGAAGAACCGCCAGUUGUGUCGGCGCCUGAUGUCAAAACCGAACCGAGUGUUGAAGAAGCGGCGCCGACGAUCAAGAUUGAUCCCGAGGUGCCUGUCGACGAGGCGAUUCCUUAUCAGGCUCCGAAUCCGCCGAUAGAAUCGAUGAUUGAGGAAUCGGAUUCACGGCCGACGACCACCUCGCAGGAGUAUGAUGAGACGAAUGAGGAAGUGAAGCGAAUAAUGACGGCUGACGUUCCGACGGAGUUUAAGGUUGACAGCCAAAUGUCGACACCGUCGGUAACGCAGGAUGAGAGGAAGGAGUCGGACUCGGAUUCGGAUCAUCGGCAGGUGAAGGUAGAGCAGGAGUAUAAAGAGGAGGAGAAUAGCCAGAAUGUGCCAGAACAAGAAAGUAACAGCGAUCCUGUUAUCGAACAAGCAAGUCAGCCGUUCUUCACAGAACCUGCUGUAAUGGAAGAGCCUGAGCGAGCUCCUGAGCCUCUGCCACCGGUUGAGACGCCAAUCGUUGAAGAGGAGACGAAGGAAGAGGACCAGGAACCUGAGAAGGAGCAUUCGGUAGAAUCGGAAUCGCACUUUGAGACUGAGCAAGAAGAGAUGGCUGAAGCGACGGAGGAGCCUGAGCAAGAAGCUGAGAUUGAAGGUGAACCUGAAGGAGAACCUGAGAUCGAGGCAACUCCAGCUCCCGAAGAAGAUGAAGAGGAACGCGUCGAGGAGAACGGGAUCGUCGCUGAGCCAAUGGAAGAGCCGCUGGUUGAAGAGCCUGAGGACGAAGAAGAAGCGACGACGAGCAAAAGUGCUGAUGAUGAUGAGAAGGCGCCGAGUGAAGAGCCGUCUGCUCCCGCUACCCCUUCUACAGUGGCCUCAUCCACGACUACCGUCACCACAGAGAAAAAGAAACGAAGUUAUAAGCGGCCUGUGAUUGUUGCCAAGGCGAAAAAGAAGAAGUCGGCGGAUGAUUCCGACGACGACAUGGAUUUUGUGCCAGAGCGAGGUCGAGGGAAGAAGAAAGGAAAAGGCCGAAAGAUUGCCGAAAGCGUCGAUGAGCAGAUUCCUGUGGAGAACGUGAUGAAGCGAGCGGCGGCUGGAAAAUGGGCGGAUAUGAUGAACGCGGAAAAUGAGGAAGACGAUGAUGAUAUGAUGAUGAGGACGGCGUCGACGGCUGCUCAAGAUCCUGACGCGAUGAUUGUCGAGAAGAUCCUCAAUUCGCGAAUGUUCAAGGAAGAAGGCGACGAGGAGGAGAAGGAGCAGUUUCUGAUCAAAUGGAAAGGUCGAGCAUACGUGCAUUGCGAUUGGAAAACGUCGGCUGAACUCGAGGAGGUCGAUAAGCGGAGUCUGGCGAAAGUGAAACGAUUCAAGAUGAAGAAGAGCCAAUCGUAUAUCGAUGACGAUGAGGAUUUCAAUAGCGAUUAUCUGCUAGUCGAUCGGGUUGUCGAUGUUACCAAGGAGGACGACGGACAAGAGUUCGCGUUGAUCAAAUGGAAAAGUUUGGGAUAUGAGGAAGUGACUUGGGAAGCGAUCGAAACGAUACCCGUUGAGAAGGUCGACGUCUGGAGGAAGCGGCAACUCAUCGAUCCGGCGAAACUCAAAGAGAAACCGCGACCCGAGCCGACGGAAUGGACGAAGAUCGAGGCGAGCUCGACGUGGAAGAAUGGCAAUUCGCUGAGAGAAUACCAAUUUGAAGGUGUCAAUUGGCUGCUCUACUGCUGGUACAACUCGCAAAACUGCAUUCUUGCUGAUGAGAUGGGUCUCGGAAAGACUGUCCAAACGAUCACGUUCCUCUCGAAAAUCUAUGAUUAUGGGAUUCAUGGUCCGUUUCUGAUAGUCGUCCCGUUGUCGACAAUUCACAACUGGGUUCGAGAAUUCGAGACGUGGACUGAUAUGAAUGCGGUGGUUUAUCACGGAAGCGCGUAUGCUCGUGAAGUCCUUCAGCAAUAUGAAAUAUUCUAUGAUAAGAAGCAUUGCGAGAAUUCAAAGCAAUGGAAGAAGAAUCUUGUGAAGCUUGACGCGCUGAUAACGACGUUUGAGAUGGUGGUGUCGGAUUGCGAGUUCAUCCGAAAGAUCCCAUGGCGAGUGUGCGUGAUUGAUGAAGCCCAUCGGCUGAAGAAUCGGAAUUGCAAACUUCUUGUCAACGGCCUUCACGCGUUUCGAAUGGAGCAUCGCGUUCUGCUCACCGGAACGCCGCUUCAGAACAACAUCGAGGAGUUGUUCUCGUUGCUCAACUUUUUGCAUCCGCAAAAAUUCAACAGCUCCGGCGAAUUUCUCGAGGAGUUCGGACAAUGUCAGACCGACGAGCAGGUGCAGAAAUUGCAGGAGAUUCUGCGGCCGAUGAUGCUUCGACGACUCAAAGAGGAUGUUGAGAAGUCGUUGGGGCCGAAAGAAGAGACGAUCAUUGAGGUUCAACUCUCGGAUAGUCAGAAGAAGUUCUAUCGUGCAAUUCUGGAGCGCAACUUCACGCAUCUCUGCAAAGGCACCUCGGCGCCGUCGCUGAUGAACGUCAUGAUGGAGUUGCGAAAGUGCUGCAAUCAUCCGUUCCUCAUCAAUGGCGCUGAAGAGACGAUCUUGAACGAAUUCCGUCAAAUGCAUCCAGAUUGGGAUGAGGAUGCGCUGAUGUCGCGCGGACUUGUUCAGGCGUCCGGUAAACUCGUUCUCAUUGAGAAGCUUCUUCCAAAAUUGCGCAAAGACGGGCAUAAGGUGUUGAUAUUCUCGCAAAUGGUUCGAGUGCUCGAUCUUCUCGAGGAGUUCUUGAUCAAUUCGGGAUAUCCGUUUGAACGGAUCGACGGAAAUGUUCGAGGCGACCUUCGGCAGGCUUCGAUUGAUCGAUUCAGUAAAGAGAAUUCCGAUCGAUUCGUUUUUCUUUUGUGCACACGCGCUGGCGGUCUCGGUAUCAAUCUCACCGCUGCCGACACCGUCAUCAUUUUCGAUUCGGAUUGGAAUCCACAGAAUGAUCUUCAAGCGCAAGCGCGAUGCCAUCGUAUCGGACAGAAGAAGCUUGUCAAAGUCUACCGACUCAUCACCGCCAACACGUACGAGCGAGAGAUGUUCGACAAGGCAUCGCUGAAGCUCGGACUUGACAAGGCGGUGCUUCAGAGUACGACGGCGUUGAAGGAGAGCAGCACCGCGUUGAGCAAGAAGGAUGUUGAGGAGCUGCUCAAGAAGGGCGCCUAUGGAAGCAUCAUGGAUGAGAACAAUGAGUCGGCGAAAUUCAACGAGGAGGACAUUGAGACGAUUCUGCAGCGAAGAACGCAGACGAUCACGUUGGAAGCCGGCCAAAAAGGCUCGCUGUUCGCGAAGGCCUCGUUCAAUUCGACGCAUAACAAAGGUGACGAUAUUGAUAUUGACGAUCCGGAAUUCUGGACGAAAUGGGCUGAGAAGGCGCAAGUUGAUUUGGAGAAAGCGACGGCGACACCGGACGGACGCGAUUUGAUUCUUGAAGAGCCGAGAAAACGAACGAAACGGUUUGAAGAGAACCUGAAGGACGACGAGGAGUCGGAUGGAAGCGAGGAUGGCGGAAAGAGGAAGCGGAAUGGUCCGGCCGGAUCGUCGAGGAAGCGGCGACGUGACGAUGAGGAUGGCGACUAUUCGUCGACUUAUCGGCCAGAUGAACUCGCGUCGAGCAAAGCGGAAUAUUUCAAGGUUGAGAAGGUGCUCGCACAGUACGGAUGGGGAAGAUGGACGGAGAUGAAGAAGCAGGGCGAUUUGGAGAUCAGCGAGAUGGACAUUGAGCACAUGUGUCGAACGCUACUACUUCAUUGCAUUCGUGAAUUCCGCGGAGAGGAUCGCGUGCGGCAAUUCAUUUUCACCUUGAUCAAGCCGAAAGAAUUGAAGGCCGAUGGCAAGCACGGACAGAGUGGCUCCUUGUAUCAUCAGGGAUGGGCUGCCCUUCCCGAAUUCAAUCCGCCAAGUUUCGCAUUGGACUCGUCGUUUCAGCGGCACGUGCAUCGGCACGCGAACAAGCUCAUGAUGAAGGUCGACAUGUUGAAGCACCUCGAAACGGCGAUUAUUGGUGAUAGUAAGCCUCUUGUUGAAGAUCUUGAGAAGAAGUGGACCGAGAUUGAGCUCAAAGAGCUUCCAACCGUCGCCGAAACAUUUGUGGAAGGCUGGGAUGCCGAUUGCGAUAAGUGUUUGCUUAUUGGAUCAUGGCGGCAUGGAUUGGAGAAUUAUGAGCUGAUCAAAGGCGAUGAGAAUCUGUGUUUUGUCGAGAAGAAUCUGCCGACGUGGCCGUCGCCCGCUGAACUCUGGCUUCGAUUCCGUCGGCUCGUUGGAACGAGUCAACGGAAUCUGCAUGAUCCGAUCUAUGAGCGACUCAAGUGGUCUCGACGAGAGGAGCAAGAAUUUAUGCGAGUCCUUCGCGCCUACGGAAUCAAAGAUUUGCCGAAUGACUCGACGAAGAUUGAUUGGAACACGUUCCGCAGCUUCUCGCCGCUUUUGGAGAAGAAGAGCAAUGAGGAAUGUCAGGAGCAUUUGUUCUGCUUGCUGGCGAUGUGCACGCGAGCGCAAGGCGGCGAAUUGAGUCCGAUGGAUUUGAAGAGGGCGUUGGCGGUGGAGCAGCUGAAUCCGAGACGCGCCUUCCGGCUCAUGAAUCGCCUUCAUCUUACUAGAAAGAUUCACGCGUUGUCCACUCAACCGACAUCGCCUCAUCUGAAGCUGUGCGAAACGGAUGGUAUGCCGGCGGGUUGGAGCACACAGAACGACGUUGAACUCCUCGAGGUGUGCAACAAGCAUGGCAUCGAUGGUAUUCUGACGCAUUUCGCCAAGACGCCGUCAUACGAGAAGAUCGCGCGGCCGUCGGAACGCACGCUCGUUCGACGCGUCAUCGAGAUUGUGAACACGAUCGAGGCCGGCAAAUGGUGUGGCGCCGGCGAUGUCGACACAAUUGAGGAUAGCGAUUCGGAGGAGAUGUCGGCGAGUUUGGCGCAGGCGCAAGCGAUUCGAUUGCAACAGCAGGCGCAAGCGGCGCAGAACGCCGCGAGGAGAGGACGCAAGAGGAAUGCGGUGGUGAACGAUCAGGAUGCGAAGAUGCGAGCCCUCAUGCAGCAAAUGCUUCUCGCUAGUGGAUCGGCGAGCUCGCAGAGCGAUCUGGCGGCGGCGGCGUUGAUUCAGUCGCUCAUGAUGCCGCAAUUGAUGGCGGCUAGUGGAACGCAGGCACAACAGGCCGCGAGUAAUGCGGCGGCCGCCCAACUUCUCACCCAGAUGUUCAUGGGAGCGACGACGGCGGCGGCGGCGGCGGCGGCUGCGUCCACACCGAAACCGUCAGCAUCGGCGGCGCUUGCGCAAGCCGCCGCACAAUCCACAAGCGACGCUGCCGCCCUCAAUUUGCAGCAGCAAAUCGCGAUUGCCGAACUUCUUGCGGCUGCCGCUGGCGGCGCGCAGCCGACGGCGAAGAAGGCGAAGCCGGCGGCGGCGGUGAGCAAACCGCCGCAACCGGCGCCGUCGGAAGUGGCGUCGACGUCGAAUCAGAGCGCGGUAAGAGCUGCCGAAACGCAAUUGGAAGGCGAUACCGCGAUAUUGCAGCAUUUGGCGAAUGCUGGCGUUGGAAUGGGUGAGCUCAUCGUGCUGAACGCGCUUCCGAAAGAGACGCCGAUUCCGAUGAUGCACAAACGGACGAAGGAGAGUCUGCCGGACAACGAGCGUCCGAUGGUCAAAGAUUUGUCGGCGUUCAUUUUGGCGAAUCCCGAUUACAUGGUGGACUUGAACGGACAAGGAAAGAAGCCAUCGAAGCCGGCUCCGCAGAAAUCGGAGCCAUCGAGUGCGAAGCCGUCGGCGCCGGCGACCCCGGCGCCAGUCGCUACGCCAAAAACGAGCAGUCCGAAACCUGAAACGAAGACACCGUCGGCCACGGCGAAUAUUAAGAUUGGCAACACGCUUCAGAUUGAAGAUCCGAUUGCGGUCUACAAUCGGACCACUGGCGAUCUGCUCGCCGCGUCGAAAUGGCCGAAGGCGAAGGAUUUAGCGAGUUGGCUUGAUGCGAAUCCCGAUUGCAAUGUGCACUCGAGCAGCACCGUCAUCGCGCAAUUGGUGUUGGGAAGCUCGCACGCCGAUCGGCUAAUGGGCGACACCGUCGUCACGAUGCCGUCGACGUCGCACACGCCGGCUCCGCCGUUGACGCCGUCGACGCCUGCAUCGAUGUCGGCUGCGACGGCGGCGCAAUUGGCUGCGUUGGCGGCGGCAAGCUCGCAGAAGGCGGCGAGAACUGCUCAACAGCAGAAUGCGGAUGCUCUGGCGAAACAGCAGAUGGAGAUGAUCCAAAUGCAGAUGCUCCUCCAACAAGCGGCUCUUCAACAAUCAUUACUGAUGUUCCCGUAUGGAAUGCCGACGACGUCGUCGACGGCGACGACGACAGCAACGUCGGUGGCUCCGACGGUGCAGACGCCGGCGGCAAGCAAGGCUUCCGCUAGCAGCGCGUCCGUGUCGAACGCGGCCGACGACGCGAUGAAUCCGAUGGUGAUGCAGGCGUUGAUGUCGAAUCCGAUGGUGCUUCAAUCGUUGAUGAUGUCUGAUCCGUCGAUGGCGAUGCUAUUGGCGGCGACGGCGCCUGGCGGAGCCGCGACUGGUGCGUCGACGCAGAAUUCGACGAAUCAGAAGAAGAAGAACUAG